GUCGCUCUCACAUGCAGUUUAGAUGUUACUUACCAUGUUUACUUGCUUAUGUUUUAAAAUAAGCUUGUUUUUUUUUGUAUUUUCUGGAUUAUGUUGUAGUUUUUUGGAGCUCUACAAACACGCUGUGAAAUGCAUGUGACGCUCGUAGUAGUAGCAGUUCAUAUUAAUGCAUCUGGACUUGUUUAAAAUGUGUACUGAACUCUGAUUUGAAGACACAUAUCUGCUGCUGUGUCUUCCUGACGUCCCUGUGUACCUCAUCCUCUUCCCCUUCGGCUGUGGUAUUCUUUGAGCAUCCCAUCGCUGCUACACAAUGGGACGGACAGAGCUGUUCUCGCUUUAUAAGGCUUUUGUGGAUUGCCUCUGCAUUUGUGUUUCUAAGGAAACAAGUGAAGCCGAAGCAAACAUCAAAAGAAAGGCAGAAAAUGGCCACUUGAUUUACAGCAGAGGGGACGUCCUCCAAGACAGAUAUGAAAUAUUGAACAGUUUAGGCGAGGGCACAUUCGGGAAGGUGGUCCAUUGUUUAGAUCAUGACAGAGGUGGGCGGUUUGUGGCUCUGAAGAUCAUUAAGAACCUGGAGAAAUACAGAGAAGCAGCCAAGCUCGAAAUCAAUGUGUUGGAGAAAAUCAUUGAGAGGGACCCGCACAACGAACAUCACUGUGUGCAGAUGCUGGGCUGGUUUGAUUAUUUCGGACACAUGUGCAUCUCCUUUGAGCUUCUGUCUCUGAGCACUUUCGACUUCCUCAAAAACAACAACUUCAGUCCGUAUCCACUCAGCCAAAUCCGGCACAUGGCCCACCAGAUCUGCCACGCUGUCAACUUUCUCCAUGACAACCAGUUGACCCACACAGACCUGAAGCCCGAGAACAUCCUGUUUGUGGAUUCUCAAUACUCUGUCAUCUACAACCCCGAGAAGAAAUGUAACGAGAAGAGAGUAAACGACACCACGGUUCGACUCGUUGACUUUGGGAGCGCCACCUUUGACCACGAGCACCACUCCUCCAUCAUCUCCACCCGUCACUACCGCGCCCCAGAGGUCAUUCUGGGGCUGGGCUGGGGGCAUCCCUGUGACGUGUGGAGUAUUGGCUGUAUCCUGUUCGAGUACUACGCCGGCUACACGCUGUUCCAGACCCAUGACAACAAAGAGCAUCUGGCCAUGAUGGAGAGGAUUCACGGUCCACUGCCUCAGAAGAUGAUCCGACGAAGCAGAAAGCAGUAUUUCUACCGUGGACGACUGGUGUGGAAUGAGUGCUCUGUGGCCGGACGCUAUGUGAAAAGCAAAUGCAAACCGCUGCAGAAGUACUUGUCGUCACAGAGCAGCGAGCACCAUCAGUUCUUCGACCUGUUGAGGCAGUUGCUGGAGUACGAGCCAUCAAAGCGCAUCACCCUCUCCUCCGCCCUGAGCCACCCGUUCUUCUCCUCCCUCUCUCGAUCCCAGAGGAGGAGCCACGGGUGGAGAAACAGCUGUGAUCUCAGCCGAUGAAACACAAUCAUCCAACUCUGCACAUUAUACACUACAGAAAGUAAUAUGUAGGUAAGUUAGACUUAGUGGGAACAUUUAGUAAUAAGUACACUUGAAUUAGCGUUAAUAAAGCAUCAACAUAGACCUGCUGAUGUUAACAAGUAAACAGUUGUAGGGCAGUUUCACUCUAAAACUCCUCCCUUUGAGGCUGGACUUAGUUAAAUCAGAGUAAUAUAAAUCCUUCAAGCCAACUAAUUGAAAAUGGUUUCUGGAUGUGAGCUGAAACGUUCUGAAACACAAAAACAGUGACCACCACUGAAACCACCUCUACAUUGAACCUCUCCUGAAUAAAUGAGGGUUACACCUCCACAGAUCUGAGUACUGUAAAAUACUUAAAACCACAGUAGUAACUUUUUUUUUUUUUUUUUUUCAAAAAUAGACUUUGAACCAAAUAGAAUUUGGUUGUUUUUAUUGCACUGAACAAUAUGCAUCCUUACUGUGAGCGGGCUUGCAUCUCCACAAAACUGAGGGCUUCCUCCUGCUGCUUGAUUCUAUGGAAAUGCUGUUCCUUUGGCUAUAAUCUGUAUGACAUAAAACUUAUCUGUCUCUUCUGAAGUAUGGUGUUACUUCCCUGUCCCCCAGCUCCUGUGGGGACAGGGAAGUAAAAAAUGGAAAAAUGGUAAAUUAAGAAGUAAUUUAAUGAACAGGGAUGUUAAGGGUAAACUAAACAGAAGGGGGUCAAAAAAUACUGAAACUACCAGUACCUUCCAAGGUUUUAACAAAAACAAAAAGGUAAAGUUAACUAAAACACAAAUUUUACAGUAACAAAACAAAAUCUUGACGAACAAACACAGAGUCACUACUGACGGCGAAGAGUCUCAAGACGCAGUGUCACUACCACAAGAGAGACACGCUACACAAACAAAAUGGCAGACUGGCCCCACACAGGUCACAGCCCCAAACAGGUGUCCUGAAUCUUCUGAAAUGGGGGGAGGCGGCUGAAGGUCGACCCCAGGACCGUCCAAGCUGGGAAACAGUCCAACCACAGCCAAGUGGACAGAUUCAAAGACAAAACAUAAUGUACAAAUACAAACAACGAAAGGAACUUAAGGCCUAGAGCUGUAACAUGAUUUUAACUUUCUAUUUCCAUGGAAUCAAGCAGGAGACGUGCUACCCCCAGAAAGUUACAUACUGUACCUUUAAGUAAAAUGUAGACUUUGUAAAGAAUGUAAUACUUUUGUUUUCGUUUGUUUUUUAUGAACAUUUGUAUUAUUAAAUUGCGUUUAUUAAAGUCAGAA